UUAGUGUUUUUACCCAUCGUUCUCUGAUGAGGAACGGUACAAGUUUUUGUAAAAUAAAUGCGAUGCUGGUGGGUGUAUUUGUGAAAUAAACGGGUUGUCAGGCAAGUUCGCCAGCGGGAUAUGAUGAUAAUUUCAUAUGAUUGCUAUUCUGAUGUGGCAACUUGUUUCCAGUAAGUGAGCAAUAAGCUGAAGGAGAAGGGCGUCCAUAUCUCGCUGUUGACUUUGACCGGUAGUUAUCUCUGGGAGAUGGUUAUCUCGGGACAGCUGCUCUCCAGUUGGUCCAUUACUGCAAUGGUCCAACUGCGGACAACUGUUAAAGAUGGCUCGUUAUAAACGGGGUGACCUUGAAGUCUGCUCCAGGCAGAGGGGGCACAGUUAAAUCUGGAGCAAAGUAAUGCCUCCUGUUCAAAAGAGAACAUUAUUCCAAAUACGUAAUAUUCCAUCAGAGUUGAGAGCGCCCUUCCUUCUGCUGUCUCUGUGCAAUAAACCAACAGCGAUCUUUGCCCUGAGCUGUCGCUGGAGUUUAUAAUCUGACAAUAAACUGGCCCUAACUGGUACAAUAAAUUAAAGUGACGACGCCACCUCAACCGGACCAGGAUGCGGGUUGUGAUUCCUCUCCAGAGCAGAUCAAGUGUUCUGGAGAGAGAAAAUUAUUGCACCGCUUGCACUGUAGUAUUAAUUCUGGUUCCGGCCACUUGUAAGAGUGACUUGUUCAUGGAAAUUAAGCUUUUAUGUGGUUUAGCACAAGCGUUGUGGAACAAGGUGUGACGUUACAUGCUGAAUAGACUGAAGUUCUGGUUUAUGAGCGCGUUAUCAACUGAACAUUGCUCAGGGAGUGUUCACUUACCGUUAGGGACAUAAAAUUCAGAUGUUCAGACCUGGAGUCCAACACCAGGUAAGGACAGGGUCAUAGGGGAAAUGCUAUUGUGCUUUAUUACGCCCACUGGUCGCCCUAGUAAUGCUAUUGUUUCUAUCAGUUCAAUAUUGUCCUGAGGAUUGCGUGGAUUAACGAAUAUGUGUGCUUUAUUCUGUUUGUAUGUUUUUUUUUAAACAAAUACUUUAUAUAUCUGGCAGUGAUAUUUAGGAUAGAAAUUCCUAUAAUAAAUCUCACUGACAGUUGAUAAAAGUAUGGAAGUCUACACUCAAUGGGCACGUUGUUAUGUACUCCUGUUCCUAAUGAUGUGACACAGAGUGAAUGCUCGGGGUUUACUGCGGCUGCACCCCGUCCACAUUCUAUGUUUGGUGCUCAGUGAGGCUGUCUUGCACUCCGCUGUUGGAGUUCAUGGUUAUUUGAGUUCUUGCCGCUUUCCUGUCGGAUUUAAUCAGUCUGCCCAAUCUCACUGAGUUCUCCCAUUAACGGGGCCUUUAGAACCGCUGUUCACUGGAUUUCCUUUGGUUUGAUUCCGGACCAUUCUCAGUAAACCGAGAGAUUUAUACUUGAGAAUCCAAGCUGCUGAUCAGUUUCCGUAACACUCAUACCACCCGGUCUGGCACCAGCGAUCAUUCCCCGGUCAACGUCACUUACAUCACAUUUAUUUCCUCUUCAGAUGUUUGGCCUGAAUAACAACUGAACCCGUUGACCAUAUCUGCAUGUGUUUGUGCUUUGACUUGCAAGCAGAUGAUGAACAGAUCCAUAUUAAUGAGCUGGUAUAGAGUUGUACCUAACAAAGAAGCCAUUUAGUGCAUUUCCCAUUUAGGCAAACCUUCACCCAUCUCGAAUAUGAACACGGAUGAGGUCUGGGCCUGAUUGUUGAUUAUUUGCAUGCUUGCAACAAUAGGCUGUCUCUGGCAAAGCAGUGGACGAAACACUGUUGUAAGGUACGGAUAAUCUGGAGAGAGAGACCCGUCACUGUUCCCUCCAAUCUGCGCUUCUGCAUAACCAAAAUGCUCCCACGAACGGAGCCUUUGUUGCAGCGCAGAUGGAAGUAAACACUGUCGUAUAAAUGUUUAUGAAACUUGAACGUUUUUCUUUGUUGCGCUGCAUUUUUAUCCUGUCCUUUAAUUAGUAAUUAAAAUUAAAAGAAUUGUUUUUCUCUUGUCUGUCUUCAUCCUAAAAUAUUCAUAGAUGCAUUUUACAAAAGAGGACACAUCAACGAUGUUGCGCUUUUUUCAGGCUGUGUGAAAAUUCCCGGCUCAGAGCAAUGGUUGAUCCACGCAGCGGCAAAAAUAGUCAUUAGAGGGAACAUUGGGGACGAAGCACGUUGCAUUCUAUGCAUAUUAAUCACGAUUGAAUAUGGUACAUUAUCGUGCUUCCUGUUAUAAAGGAGAUGUUAUAAGUCAAUAGAGUGGACAAAAAAAUUUCACUGGGAACCUGUCUGGUAUUCAGGAAAUAGUAAUGAAUAACGCAAGAAAAAUUAAUAAUAAUUUCGCCUUGUCCGUGGGAGCGUACAGUGAGGCAAUGAUGCUCAGGUGCUUAACAAUAUAGAACUAAUUCUGAGCAGCGAAUAACUAGACGGUCCAUUUACUAUAAAUUCAAGAGCUUUUCGUUUUCGUUUCUCUAAAGAUUCACUAUUAAUGCCCCGGUAAUCACUUUUCCUACCUUUUCAUAACACUGUGUGUAGUACCUCCCCCAUUAUAGGUAUGAGCAAGUAUGAGAUCUUGGCCAAAUUGCGCAAUUAGGUGUUCAGCAUAUCACGCAUCAUCCUGGAUAAAGUUCUGAUAUCAGUUCUGAUACUGGGUCUUCCACAGUGUCUUGUUCCACAGAUGCAAUCUGAUGUACCGAGUUUCCAGCAGUUUAUAAGAGGACGUAGGAAUAUGGCAUUGGGGCGAAAAAGAAAAUCAACCAUGAUUGAAUGAUGGAGGAGACUCGAUGGACUGAAUCACUUCAUUCUGCUCUGAUAUCUUAUCAUGACUGAAUGAUGAGUCCUUAAUAUCCCGUAUCAGGAUUUGUGACGUGUGAGGGACAGUUACAAAUUUGUUCCAUGAGAUUAUUUUAUUUGUCUUCAGCGUUUAAAUAUCAGAGAGAUUCGCUUUUGAAAAAAUUGAGCAGAAAUAUUUUUUUCUCCUUUGUAUUGUUAAUGUGCUUCAUUCUCUGGUUAAAGUUAGACCUGCGGUGAGAGAUUUAGUGGAAAAAAGCCCACAGCUGGAAAGAAGCUACGACUGAGAACGAGUGAACAGCGACAAGCGAACCAGCCCGAGGACUGAGAGUACCAACUGAAGAGAACCCUCUGACUCAGAGUUUCCAUUGAUUCAGUCAGGAGAAAGUUUGAGCCUCACCAGCAGGUGGAGCUGUCCUGCAGAGCGACCAAAGUGUAAACAAGACGACGACAAUCAACAAUCGUCAGUCAGAAUCAGAAUGGACAAAGUAUGGAACGUAUUGAAGAGGAUUUUACCAGGCGGAUCAUCGAGGGAAGAUGAUCGGGACACGGGAUGCAAGGUACCAAAGCAGGGACAGAUUGAGAGCGGUGUCCCAAUGGAAUCCGGUCCGGCCGCAGAGAAGGAGGAGAAAAUUCAGCCCAGAGACAGUGACGUCAGAGACACUGAUCCGGACCCUGGAACCGGCACAAGUGAGGCGACUGUCUGUCAGCUCGGAAGCUCAUUGAACACAGGACUGCCAAGUCCCAAAGAAGGAUCGGAGCCAGAGUUUACAAUCUCCGACCUCCUGGCAGAGGGGGAGGAAUAUCGACUGUACCAACUGACAAAGUUCUACAGGGACAGACUCAAACAAGCAAUUGAAGAAAAGGUUGAGAGACUGGGUUGGAUGUUGACAAAGGAGGGACAUUUCAGUAGAGAAGAAAAUGAGAACGUCACUGAGCUGACAGAGAAGGGAAACCGGGCAGAGAGUUCCAGACUCUUCCUCAGUCUGGUGAAUGGCAAAGGCUCCCGGGCCCGGAGGGCGAUGUGGGAAUCCUUUCUGAUGUGGAGGACUGAGUUACCGAAGUUGGACAGAAUACUGAGGGAAAUACAGGAACUCGGUCCUGAUCCACAGGAAUACUUGAACAUCGCCCAAGGUUUAUCUGAAUUACCCACUCAGCUGAUAGAUGUUCAACAGAAACACAAGGAGACUCUGCGGACACGAACUGAAACACUGAGAGUGAACACGAUCCUGAUGAGGGAGAAGGUGAAGGUUUUCCAGCUGGCUGAUCGAUACGCUGAGCUCACGGUCAUUUCUACUGUUCGAGAUCGGACACUGGUGGAACAUGAGCUGCUGGCAAGAGGCAGAGACCAUGAGCAUUAUAGAGAGAAACAACUCCGCAGUCAGCUGGAAAAAAUCCGUACUGAUCAGUUAUUCCAGAGCAGCUUUUCCCGGAGUAAAUCCAAAUCUGGGAGUUCAGCAGCAAUGGCCGGAGUCCCGGGGAUCGGGAAAACAACGAUGGUACAAAAGAUUGUUUAUGACUGGGCCACGGGGAAAAUAUACCAACAGUUCCAGUUUGUCUUCAGUUUCAAAUUCCGAGAUUUAAACACCAUUAAUUGUAGAAUAAACCUGAGGGAGCUGAUUCUGGAUCAGUAUCCUUACUUUGGGAAUAUCCUGAGAGAAGUCUGGAAGAAUCCAGAAGGAUUACUGUUUAUAUUCGAUGGUUUAGAUGAAUUCAAACACAAAAUCGAUUUUGCGGACAGUCGGAGAGAUACAGAACCAAAGCACCAGUGCCCAGAUCCCGAGUGGUGGUGUGAAGUGUCUGACAUUGUGUACAGUUUAAUCCAGGGCAAGCUGCUCCCAGGGUGUUCAGUGCUGGUGACCACCCGCCCCACUGCGUUACAUUUAUUGGAAAAGGCGGAUAUCAGUGUCUGGGCUGAAAUCCUGGGAUUUGUUGAUGAGGAACGGAAGGAAUAUUUCAUCAGACAUUUUGAAGAUCAGACGGUGGCGGAAGCUGUUUUCAAUUAUGUGAAGGAGAACGAGAUCCUGUACACCAUGAGCUACAACCCCUCCUACUGCUGGAUCCUCGCUCUGACACUAGGCCCCUUCUUCACACAAAGAGUCAGGGACCCACAGCGAGUUCCCAAGACCAUCACCCAACUGUACUCCUACUAUAUUUACAACAUCCUGAAAAACCACGGCCGUGAGAUUGAGAGACCCCGUGAUGUGUUACUCAGGGUUGGUCAGAUGGCCUUCAGAGGAGUGUCCGAGAAGAAGAUUGUGUUUACAGAUGGAGAUUUGGUCAACUACAGUCUGCAGCCUUCCCAGUUCCUGUCCGGGUUCCUGAUGGAGCUUUUGGAGAGAGAGGAUUCUGCCCAAAGCGUGGUGUACACAUUCCCACACCUCACCAUCCAAGAGUUUGUAGCUGCAGUCGCACAAUUCCUGAAUCCACAUCCCGGGGAUAUCCUGAAAUUCCUCACUAAAGCCCACAACACGGCAGAUGGGCGAUUUGAGGUAUUUCUCCGUUUUGUUGCUGGUCUCUCCUCUCCAAUGACAGCUCGGGGCCUGGUGGAGUUUCUGGGUCCAUUUCCUCAUGAAACAACCUGCUGGGUGAUUGACUGGGUGAAGGAGGAGGUUAAACGUCAGAUUGGAAACACAGGGAGUGAAGCUGGUAAAAGGAGCCUCCUGAACACAUUGCACUACCUGUUUGAGUCUCAGAAUCGUGGACUGGCUCAGGAAACACUGGGAUCUGUGGAAACACUUUCAUUCAGUGGAAUGACACUGACCCCGAUUGACUGCGCGGUCCUGUCUCAUGUCAUCGGAUUCUGUGAUACAAUAAAACACCUCGACCUGGGGAACUGCCGCAUUCAGUGUGAAGGAAUCCAGCGGCUGGGACCCGGGCUGCACAAGUGCCAGGUGUUGAGGUAACUUGAUUUAUCUCUC